UCAAUUACUAAUCUUUUGUACAGUUUAAUAUUUGUAAUCAAGGCCUUGUACGCCAGUGUGUGUAAAGGUCUCUUCAGUCGACGACAGAGGAUAGAAGUCAGAGGACAUUUAUAAUACGCAGUUUUUAAGUUUUUUCUGGUGAUUUUGAAUAUAUUUGGAGAAAAUGAAGAGGAUUUUGGUUGCUUUGGCGGUUUUGGUGGUCGUUGCUGAGGCUAAGCUGUCAUGUUCGAGUACAAAAGCCUCGAUCCCCGAAGAAUGGAUCGACAUGACAGCCCAGUGCACGAGGAGCAUGAGGAACCAGAUCCAAGAAGAACUGAGCGCUUCGAUGCAAUACUUGGCCAUGGGGGCGCAUUUCUCAAGAGACACUGUCAACAGGCCAGGAUUUGCUGAGAUGUUCUUCAAAUCGGCAAGCGAAGAGAGGGAACAUGCCAUGAAACUCAUGUCUUACUUGAUGAUGAGAGGAGAACUGACCGAGAGGCUGCAGGACUUGAUCAGAACACCAACUGUUCCAAUCACGACUUGGGCUGAUGGUUUGAGUGCUUUGAAAGAUGCUCUGAAAUUGGAGGCUUCCGUUACCAAGAAGAUUAAACAUGUGAUCAAAGCUUGCGAGAACGAUAAUGGAGCUAAUGAUUAUCAUUUGGUUGACUACCUGACCGGUGAAUUCUUAGAAGAGCAAUACUCUGGUCAACGUGACCUGGCCGGAAAGAUCUCCACCCUGGGCAAGAUGAUGAACCAACAAGGUGUUCUCGGAGAGUUCUUGUUUGACAAGAAACUCUUGGGUUAAAUGAAACAUAACAUCACCAUCAAAUAUACACAGUAAUAAAAUAAAUAUAAAUAUAAACUAGGAUUAUAUAUAUAAAAUAG